AUGAACCCGGUGCACGUGUCUUUUCCUCCUCACAGACAGGGUCACACCUCGCCUUCACAGACCCCUCUCCCACACUUUCCAUCUCCUCCUCCAAGGCUCCAACUCGUCACCCAGCGACCCCUUCCCUCUCCCUCUCAGCCAUUCGGCGGCGGCGGCGGCAAGGGGAGCCAUUCCUUCCGUCGAUCGGCCUCUGCCAUCGUCACGCCUGCAUCUCCGAAAUCUGAAUCUCCAUCAACUCUUCAAGGAUCGGCGAGAGCGUCUGUGCUUCUAAUGACUGAACAAAUGAUCAAACAGGCCGUCACCUCCACUCCUGCAUCAACUGAACCAAAAUGCGGAGACCUCCUGAUAAAUUCUGCAGUAGUCAUGGACGGCAGCAGCAUGACACCUGACGUCAAGAGGAAGGAGAAGCCGGUCCCGCAUUACCUGAGAGCAUCCACGAGCUCUUGCCAUGACAACUGCAAGUUUGGGAUCAAGCAUUCCUCUGAACCCAAGAAGUACUGGCCUGUUAGUCGCAAGCAAUUGCGCCGUGCGAGCACUGGGAAUCAGGAACUCGACCCGGUGCAAAUCAUACUACCACACAAAAACAGAUCAAUAAAGGAGGACCAGAAGCUGAAGAUUUCUCAUGUGAAAGGUGGUAGUGGUACUGUUCCUGCUAAGCCUGAGUUCAUCACUCUGAAAGCACCACUUGAAAAAGUACCUGAUCAUUUGGAAAGCAUUCCCCACGUGGAAGAUUCGUCAGCUGAAGCAUCUGAUCUUGUUGUGGCUGAAACCCUGCCAACUGAUGCUGAAUGCUUCGUCGUCUCUCAUGAUGAUGUGACAGACUCUGGAGAUGGGGAGUCGUUGGAUGGAGCUGAAAGCAUUGAGCUGGAGAUGCCAUUAGCUAUCCAGGACAUUGAUGAAUCUGACGAACACAUUGAGGUUACCAUUCUGCCUGCUGACAGUGUAUGCGGAGUUGAGGGACAGUCACCUGUGCGUCCUGUGCCUGAUCAAUCAGAAAAUGAGUGUGCAAGUUCAGAUAUCAGUACUCCUCAGACUGUGAUAGCCUCUGAGAAGCAUGAACAAGCCAAGCUUGGGACUAAAUCAGAGAGUCUGUCUAAGGGGUCUGUAAAACCGAAGGCGAAGGCCACAUUGAGUAUGACGAGAGACAAAGGCUCAAGUCAGAAAAGUGGAAGAACACCGCAUCUGACAUCUACUCGUACAGCAGUUGACAGCUCCGGUGGACCAAAGACAGCAAGAAAACUUGCAGAUGUUACUGCUACCACCAAGUUCAGUAACCCAGAGAGAAAAUUCAGGCCUACAGUUACAUCAACUGUGCAAAAAGCUAAGGAGAUCAAAUUGCCCUCAGCAUCUAACGCGAAGGAUUCAUCUGCAAAACCUUCUAGGUUAGCAAAGCUAAAGGCUUCGAUAACAAAAACUGCGCCAUCUCCAUCACUUUCUUCUGCGAAACAGACCGACAGAAAGAUGUCAGGGAGCAAUGUUGGCAAGAAUGCCCAAAUUCUUCCAAAGAAGAGAGAAGACAAAGUAAAAACUGGUCCACUAAAACUGUCUCGAUCAUUAAACAUGUCUGCCAAGUCGCUCUCGGGUGUAAAGUUGAGGACAGUCAGAAAAGAGAAAAUUGCUCCCCCAAUCAAUAGCAGCAAGAAGGUUUCUGGAACAGAAAAUUCUAGUAUUGAUGCUAAGGAGGCUAAGCAGAGAAUUCUGAAGACGGCUUCACCAAAAGUGCGGAAACUGGAGACUAACAACAAAGAGAUCGGACCUCGCAAAGAAAAAAUCGACAUUGCAAGAACUGCAACCGCAAGGAGGGCAAAGCCUGCGCCGGCCACCCCCUCGAGCACCGUGGUGCCAUCGCAGCCGCCUCGCAAACUGACGUUCCGGCGGGGCAAGGUACUGAACCCCAACGAGAGCAGCGGCAGCACCCCGAGGCGGCUCCGGUUCAGGCCUGCCAUAUCCGCGGCAGACGCGACAGCCAGGAGCAGAGGCGGCAGGAUCGCCAGCCGGAGGAUCGGCGGCGGCGGCGGCGGCGCUGCAGCGAGAGACGCGGGUGCCGAGGUCGUCGUGCUGCGGCGGCGGCAGGACGGUAAGGAGACGAAAAAGCAGGAGCCGGGGCUGUUCAACAACGUGAUCGAGGAGACGGCGAGCCGGCUCGUCGCUGAGGCGAGGAAGAGCAAGGUGAAAGCGCUCGUCGGCGCCUUUGAGACCGUCAUCUCGCUGCAGGAAACCAGCAAGGCUGCUGCUCCGGCUAUGGCAGCAGAGCGUUUUGAUCUUUCUUGCUGGCUUGACUGGACCGCUGACCGUGAAGAGGCCGGGUCCAAGCCAGAUGGAAAGGUUGACCUGGUCAAAGUCAGCCAUCCAGGAGCUAAAACCUCUGUGGAUGGGCUCUUGGAGCAACUAGAGGUAGUAGAAAAGAGAAGGCCGGGGCCUCUGUGA